AUGUCCCGUAGCUUGCCAGAUAGAGUGGCGGGGCUCUAUUAUGCCCAUGGCCUGUUUUGUUCUUCGCAUCCCAUUGCAGUUAUUUCGUUAGCAAUCUCCAUCAUCUUACUAUGUUGCUCCCCAAUAGUAAAUCUACCAAUGCCUGGAAAUGCUCCGCGAACUGUAAUAAAUCAUACUAUUGUGCCUGUAAAUGGUUCAGAAGGUCCGGUACUAUAUGUUCAACAAGUUGUAUUACGUGUUGGAGUAGUUCCAUGGAUGGAAGAUUUGGCAUUAUCAGAUGCCUUUAGAGGACCGCUCUAUGAAGUCUUUAAUCUUUUAGAGAUUAUUCGAAAUUAUCAAGAUCCAAAGACAUUAAAAACUGUCGAUCAAGUUUGCUUGCACGUGGAAGCUGUGAAAAAGAAGAAUGCUAAAAAACCUGACGUUUUGCCAGAGUACAAUUGCCUUGUGCUCUCACCUGCAAAUUUAUGGCAGCAAAGUGUUGAAAUGUUCAGUAAAGACACUAAUCUCAUAGGCACAAUUUUUUCGUACCAGAGUCUUCAAAAGGGAAAAAUUAGCUUGGCCGAAAUGAUGUUUGGCAUGAAUUUAAAGGAAACUGGUGUAAAGCGGUAUCCUGUACGUGUUCGUCAACGAAUUUUACAGUAUGCUGUAACCAUAUUUUUGAAAGAUUAUGACCCAAGCUUUAUCGAAGGCUUGAAAAAGCGGGUUGUAGCGCAUUACCCGCUUCACCAAUCUGACGAUAAAAGUAAUUCAACUAUUGCUCCUUCAGACGAGACCCUGCAUAUAUUUUAUCCGGGUGAAUUCAACUACAGUGAUUUCUUUCCGUUAAUGAUGACGUUUAUUGCUUUAUUUUUAUACGUAUACUUUUCGGUACGGAAAAUAGAGUUGGUCAAAUCAAAAUUUGGAAUGGCCUUUAGCGCCUGUGUCACAGUACUAGCUUCCUUGUCGAUGAGCGUCGGCAUGUGCUUUUUCUUUGGUUUGACUCUCAGUUUAAGCGGAAAAGAAGUGUUUCCAUAUCUAGUGGUUAUCGUCGGUUUGGAAAAUGUCCUGGUACUGACUAAGAGCGUGGUGAGCACUCCGGCACAUCUAGACGUGAAAAUACGUGUUGCGCAGGGACUGUCUAAAGAAGGCUGGUCAAUUACAAAGAAUUUGCUUACUGAAGUCACCAUAUUGACCAUUGGAUUGUUCACCUUCGUCCCAGCGAUACAGGAGUUCUGCAUAUUUGCCAUCGUCGGACUUUUGAGUGAUUUUUUCCUGCAGAUGGUUUUCUUCUCGACGGUAUUGGGAAUUGACAUACGGAGAAUGGAACUCUCCGGUGAGAGCUCCAAACUGCAUCUACCGAAUAUUCCUCCGUCACGCAAACAACAAUUUACUACGACUAUCUCCAAUAAGAAAGCCAACAUAUUCAGAUCAAAAUCUCAUCCUAGAUUAAACGGUUUAUCAACUGGUCCGACUAAUGUAGUGGCUCCGAAUACUCAAAAUAUCCCGACACUGGUGAAGAUCCCAAAACGAUUAAGAUUGGUCCAUUUUUGGGCUAGGACCAGGAUAUUUCAACGUGCAUUUAUGGUUUGGAUGGUCGUAUGGAUUAGUAUGAUAAUAUACAGUUCCGGCAUAAUUGAACAUUUUAUUCGUCUAAGUGAAACCUUGAAAGCGGAAUCUGACAUCGAAGGAUACACCGCUGAUAAGCCACAAACAAUUAACGAUUACGUGGAAUUGAAUACUUUGAAACCAGUCCCCACAUCUGCGUCUACUCCCACUACAAAUCAUCUGAACGAUGGGGGCUUCGACACAAAUAUUACGGCCGAGUUAAUCAAACUGAAACCGGUGGAUUUCCCCCCCUGGAAUCGUCUGUCUCUCUAUCACUGGUCGUCUAUCCUCUCCAUGUAUAAUAUUUCAUUAGCGGGAGAACAAAUAACCGUACUUCCCACGAUUAAAGUCUCUUGUGGCGUUAGUCCCGCAAUCGUCAGACAAAUUAGCAAUCCAAAUGACGUACAACAUUUCCAGUGGCAAAGCUUUGCCACUGCCGCCCUUGACCCCUUGGAUUUCUCAGACAUGGAGAUACCGACGCUGUCUGAAAGUCGUGUCUUCAAUACGGACGCACCGUUCAUACCAUCCAGUCCCAUGGAAAUUUUCCUGGCUGCUGUCCUGUGUCUUAUCAGUGUAAUCGUUGUCGUCUAUACCAUGGUCGUCUUGUAUCGGUGCAUCUGCUCAAGAAAUUAUGCCGAGUGGCGAGCAAGUUGGUAUCAACAAGAAAAGACUCAUGAUUCGGUUACUCAACUGAUAAUGGAGGCAUUACCAUUGGUCCUGGAAGGUCAUACUCAAGAAGUCGAGUGCAUCGCUACGGACGGUAACACCAUAGCCAGUUCCUGUUUAGCAGGUCACGUCAGAAUUUGGGACACGAUAUCCGGAGAGCAAGUUGCCCAUAUAGACCGCAAACAAUUUUUUAACAGCCCUCCUAAAGAAUCAUUACAUAAAUCUCCUGAUCCGGACGAACUAAUGUCAGAUUAUGAAAGUGGCUCGCCACCUUCCAGAGGUGAAAUGGAGGCAACUAAUUCCGUAGGAUUCUACUCAUCUUCCCCAGCGAGCAACAAACCCCGAUAUUCUCCUGGAUCGUGCUCUUAUCAACAAGCCAAUGGGAGCUUAAUUAACAAGCGGCAUUCUGCGAGUAAUUCGUUUGACUAUGACUACCAGAUAAAUGAAUUUACACCUGAGAAACGUAAAUUAUUACGAAGAAGUCUGGAUCACGCCUUCGAUCUUCCCAACUUCCGAUCAAUUAUCAAUACUAAAUUCUCUUCGAUAAAGUAUUCGCCAACGCAUCAAAACUAUGAACAGGGCUUUGAUUUUGGGGAAAGGUAUAAACAGUUGAUCGAAGAGCAUAAGAGAACAAUGGAAGAAAUACAGAAGUCUGGCGGGGAUGAACAAAUCACCACUUGCCCUGGUCAAUUGAACAGUAACGAUGUCGCGGACAAUGUCAAAUCGUUGAAUAACGAUAAGUCAAUGCAAACUGGCCAUAAUAUAUCGCCGAUAUGGUCCAUGGAUUAUCAGGAGAAUCUCAUCGUAGUUGGAUGUGCAAAUGGAACCAUGGAGUUCUGGGAAGGAACGACGGGCAGGUUUAAGUGCCUGUUUGACGAUGGUUCGGGCCUCGGUGUGACGGCUGUAAAAUUCGUGGGUAAUCGUGUAGUAGCAGCAAAAUUAAACGGGGCUCUGGAUUUUUUGCAACUAGAGAGUUACAGUGAAGGUCAGCAGAUCGACUGGGGCUUUACGUCGUACAGACGAACGCACGUUCGAACCGGUAGUGCGGGAUCACCCAUGGACAUAAAUAAUGUCACCCAGCCUGAAGAGGAUUUGCGCUGCAUGAAAAUUGGUACACAUCGUGCUCAUCAGCAACCAAUAACCGUCCUGGACAGUGAAGGUGGAAGGGUAUUAACGGGAAGUCAGGAUCAUACUCUUAAGGUGUACAGGUUGGAAGACCAGCUUCAACUGUACACAUUACACGGACACUGUGGUCCUAUUUCCUGCCUCUUCAUCGACAGGGUCAGUCCCAUGACAUCCGGAAGUGGAUCUCAGGAUGGGUUAUUGUGCGUCUGGGAUCUACUCACUGGCGCGUGUAUGUACAGCAUUCAAGCACACGAUGGAGCUGUCGCUGCCAUCACGUGCUCGGCGUCAUACGUCAUUAGCAUUGGCAUCGAUGAGAGGCUGUGUGUUUGGGAACGAUUUCAGGGUCACUUACUUCACGCAGUCCCCGCUCACAGGGCCGCUUACAGUCCCCAGUUAAUUAUGUUGACGCAUCAUCUUCUCAUCACUAGUAACCAGGGGUCUUUGGUAGUCUGGGAUGUUAGAACCGGAGAACCGGUUCGAGAGGUGAGACUGAGUCACAAGGACAGUUUUAUAUUUGUGAAACAAAUGGUGCCAGUAAGAGACAGCAUCGUAUGUGACUUUGGCCGGCAGCUGAGAAUAGUUAGAUUCCCGUUGGUUUCGGAUAAGCUAGAUUGAACUUUUUGACUGAUGACUUUCAGUGUACAUAUGCCUAAUUCAAGUCAAUCGAGAGUAAGUGCGAUCUAAAGUAGGAUCCACGAAGGAAGACUUUUAAAGAUGGACUUUUAUCUCCUUAGGUCUUUUUAUACUUGAUAGACUUGGAAUCGCUGGAUCUCUUUCAUGAGCGUUACGAUACAGCGAUAUCUGCUCUGAUCUGAUCAAAGUACGAUAAUCCUUAGAAAAUAACGAUUUUCAUCAACUUCCUUAGAUCACCGAAUAACGUUUACUGUAGUGGCUUAUCGUUACAUAGACAUUAUGUUUUAUUUGGCUGCUUUACACAAACACGGUAAUUUUGCCGUGCAAUGCUUUUUAUUGUAAACUGUACUAGGUAUUUUGCUAUAAGGUUUAUAUCCUCAUAUGUGGAUAGUUGGAAUAUGAGCUUUAUAGCAAAGUGAACCAUAAAGAUCUACUAUUUUAGGUAUAUCCUAAACAAAAACUAAAGUGCACUCAUCGAUCGAACGCGUACCUGGUUCAAAUGAAAGCGAAUAUAAGUGCCUCGUUUGGAAUUUAAUUUUUGUUACCUCGGUGAAUAAUGUUAAUUGUUAGACCCGGAGACGGGAAAACAUGCUAAUAUCAUUUCUUUAUUAUUUUACUAUUAUGGCUGUGCAACAUACACAAUUUCGAGUGUUAAUUUUUCCUGCGUGUGUUACACCAACGUUGAAAAAACGUAACACAUGCACUCAUGUCGAAUUCAUUUUUAAUUUUGUGAAUAUUUAGAUCCACUGCAUAUUGGUCGAUUAUGAGUAGCAGCGAUUUUAUACAGCAUUUCAUAAACCGGUGCAGCUUUGGAUCGCGGUAAAACUCCUCUACAUUAGAUGGUAAUGGCUAAGUUUUUUUUUUACAGUCUAUAUAUUAUUCAGAAACUGCUGAAGCAUAUAAACGGCAUAUAGAAGUAAAACUAUUUUUAUCAUUGGACUCUAAAUGCUUCUUUCGAUGAGGCAGAAUUCGAAUUCACUUCUGAUGCCUAACAAGAAUGUUGAAACUCUUCUGUGUUAAAAGUGCGAGUUUAUUCAUGAAAUUGAAUAGUACUUUGCAGAAUUGUCGAAUGUCGAGCGAAUGAUUUGAUAUCGUAUAACGUAACGAGAUGUCGAAUGAAAAAAAAAAAUGUGUAUGUGCCAUUAGGAAGUUUGACCGUUCCGCAUCUUCUUGUUGCGCGAUUUCAGAAUAUGAACCGUGAAGUUUGAUUCUCAAGGCGCACGAAGUAUUUUCGCCCUAGUCGUAGAGUCGAAAGAUGAUAGAAUAAUGUCUUGUUAAACAAAAAAAAAAUGAAAGAAAAGAUAUAUAUAUAUAUUUUUUCAUCUCAAUCGCAAUUUUAUAUUUCGUUUAGUCGAGACGGAAACCUUUACACGAUUUGAAAAUUGAUCCCUAUUAUAAUACAGAGAACAGAGCUUAAUAUACAGAAAGAAGAGUUACUUUAUUAAUGGUUUUGUACAGAAACCUUAGACGUACCCUAAUUAUACGAAAAGUGCCUUUAUAGUAUCAUUAACAAGGUCUAUUUUCUACGAGUAUCAAUUAUUUACGUGUAACCCAGUAGUUACAACAAAUGUACAUAAAAUAAAUGUUUUAAUCGCUUAACGCAUGCCUCAGAGGCUAUAAAACAUUGGAGUUUAUUAAAUUUGCUCUGGCAAUCGACUUCUCUAUCGGUAAACUAUGUUGUACUAUAAUUUUGAAAAGGGUACUCCACUUUCCAACACAUUAAAUCAUUAUUUAAUGAACUACGUUUUUGUUGAAUUAAAAUGUUUGUUGUCGUCGAAUGUAAUAGAUUCUGUUAUACUGCUUGAAUCAGCUACUAGGUUCCCAUACAAUCUUAUCAUAUUAAAACGUUGGGUUUAACCGUACAGGUAAUUGCAAUGUACAAUUAUGCCUGUCUCUAUUAUGCUGCGUCGAUUUUCCGUUCCGGUAGAAAACUGAACGGAAUUCUAACGUCGAUAUGAAGUCGCGUAGAAUUAUAUAUGCUUAUUUUCAUAACCAAAGUUUACAUCGUAACGAGUCGUACUCGAUAAGUCGCAUUAAAUGAGAGCAACGAAUAGAGAGACGCUUCUGAUAAUACCACUGAGUGGUCGACGAUCGUCGGAAAGUGCGCCAUUUUUAUAUUUAUUUUAUUAAAUGACACGAACUCUAUAUGCUACACGCAUGUGCCUAUUCAUAACCAUCGGACCCGUCAUGUUUAAAUAAAUUGUCACAUCAAAUACCG